AUGGAAUGGAACAAUGAAUUAUCCCUGAAAUUGAUAGAUGAGUACGAAAAAUGUCGUCUUUUAUGGGAUCCGAAAAAUACUUUGCAUUUUAUUAGACAGAAGAAGCAGGAUGCUUGGAUUACCAUAGCUACAAAUUUAAACAUUAGUGUUUUGGAUUGCGAAAACAUCGACGAAAAUAUUGCCGAAGACCAUGUUUCAGAAACCAUUGAUGUAACUCUGACGGUUAAUAAUGAGACUGGUGACCAUGCUUCAUCUAUAAUAGAAAACCCUGUUUCCGUAAAUAAUGAAACGGACGAGUGCCAUACUUUCCAAUCGCCCAAACCAAAAAGAAACAGAAUAAGUACAAAGAACAGCAAUUCAAGAGCUGAAGAGGCCUAUCGCAUUUUGAAAGAAACCGUUGCUUGUCCGCAAGAACCUGCAGAUCCAUGCUCUGUUUAUGGCGCACAUGCCGGAAACAAAUUUAAAACAUAUAGCCCAAGGACACGUGUUGAAGUUGAGCAUGCAAUAAACCAAAUUUUAUAUGCAGCAGACAGAGGAAAAUAUGAAACUUCUCCCAUGAAUGCGUAUGCACGUAUUGACUGGACCCAUCGAACACCUCCUGGAAGUAUUUCUCAAUCAAACUCAAGUUAUCAAUGCCCUACACCCAGUUCUUCGCAUUCCUCACUGGAUAUGCCAGAUCUAAAUGCUGUUUUUCUAGAUCUAUAA